AUGAAUCCACCAGAUGACUCAUUAUUAUGUCCAAUAACGUUGCAAUUAUUUCGUGAUCCGGUUCUAGCACAAGAUGGCCAUACUUAUGAGAGGCAAGCUAUUGUGGAAUGGAUUAAAACGAAUGGUACGAGUCCAAUCACUGGUCAGCAUUUAUCACUUGAACAUUUAUAUCCAUGUUAUGCAAUCAAAAAAGCAGUUGACCAUUUUGAGGUAUCAUCAAAGAAUAAAAAUUAUCAAUACACUCUUGAUAUUGAUGUGAAAAAGAAAUCAGGCCGACCACUAUUCCAAACAUUUGGCAAAUCUAUUUAUCACGCACAAUGGCUGCCAAACAAUGAUAAUCGUCCGGAAAUAAUACUAUUAAAAGUCGAUGGUGCUCAUGCAAAAAAAGAAGCAUCUUUCUAUGUUGAUCUCAGUCGUCAUCCACACAUCGUUCGAACAUAUGGUCUUGUACGUGAACGUAAUGAUGGUGGUGAUAAUGAUGAUACUAAUUCCAUUAUGCUAUUACAAGAAUAUGCACAUAUGGGGAGCCUCUAUGAUCUACUGCAAGAACGAAAAAAGGUACCUGAUGAAAAAAUUUUGAUUGAAAUAUUUUUACAGAUCAUUGAUGCAAUGAUCUUUUUGGCAUUUAAUAACGUUGUUCAUGGUGAUCUGGCAUGUCGUAAUGUACUCAUAUUUCGUUUCGAUGAAACUAGUUCUAGAAAUAUAAUUGUGAAAGUAACUGACUUUGGUCUCAGUCGACACAGUAAACUAUAUUCCGUUACACCGGGUGCCUCGAAGACCACCUUAAAUAUUAUUCCGACGAGAUAUGCUGCACCGGAAAUACUUGGAAUUAACAUAACACCUGAUGAUUUUACGGAGAAAUCGGAUGUCUAUUCGAUGGGUAUUCUAAUGUGGGAAGCAUAUUCUCGAGGUACGAUACCUUGGUCGAAAAUUGAAAACGAUAAUGAGGUUAUUCGACGCGUUACUAAUGGCGAAUUACUUCCAAAACCAUCAAAUUGUAGUGAAUUAUACUGGUUGAUCAUCUGUAAAACUUGGUCAAAAUCACUUAAAGAUCGGCCAACUUUUAGUGAACUGAAAUGCCUUCUGAUGGAACAGCACUAUAAUGUAUCGCCACCUGCGCCACCCCCAAUAGGUAUGUUUUCUCUCAUUGUCUGA